AUGAGUGAGCAGGAAAAUGCUACAGUUCAGUCUGGGUUUAUACUUGUGGGGUUUGCAGAGCCUCACCAAUUCCAUCUUUUAAUCUUUGCACUGUUGCUGUCACUGUAUAUGAUCACCUUAAUGACAAACACUAUGAUUAUCUUGAUAGUAAAAUCUGAUCCUGUGCUUAACACUCCUAUGUAUUUUUUCCUUAUGCAUUUGGCCUGUUUAGAGGCUUGCUAUAUGUCAGUUAUCAUCCCUAAGCUAUUAGAGAAUUUGAUGGUGAAACCUAAUGUUAUUUCCUUUCUGGGAUGUGCCGUGCAGAUGUUCCUCUUCCUAUUCUUCGGAGUUGCUGAAUGCUUUCUUCUGGCUGUAAUGGCAUUUGAUCGGUAUGUUGCCAUAUGUUGGCCUUUGCGUUACACAAUAAUUAUGAGCAGGAAUGUUUGCUGGAAGAUGGUGAUUGGUUCAUACAUUUGUGGGACUGUUGUUGGGCUGGUGCACACCACUGUCACAUUUGGCUUGCUGUUUUGUGGAGUGAUCAUCAACCAUUUCUUCUGUGAAGUGCAACCGUUGUUGGAACUAGUGUGUGGAGACACUUUCCUAAAUGAAAUUCAAGUAAUUGGGGUGGCUCUUAUGGCUAUCAUGCUACCUUUCCUGCUGAUCAUCCUAUCUUACAUUGGCAUUAUCUUCACUAUCAUCAGAAUGCCAGUCUUGCAGAGCAGAUAUAAAGCCUUUUCUACUUGCUCUUCACACCUAAUAGUGGUUGUCCUCUUUUAUGGAACAGCUAGUUCUAUGUAUUUAAAACCGAAAUCCAACUAUUCUCCACCAGUGGACAAGUUUUUAUCAUUUUCAUAUACUGUUUUAACACCUUUGUUAAAUCCCAUUAUCUAUAGCCUAAGGAACAAGGAAAUCCAGGCAGCCCUGAGAAAGCUAUGGGGAAAAUAUUAUUUUUUGUAA